AUGGAGGGCAAGCACGAAGGAGAAGGCGAACAACAGGCGGGCAAGAAGCCCGUGCGUGUAUGGAUCGACAUGUGCGCCGACAUGUUCCACUUUGGGCACGCCAACGCUCUGCGGCAGGCCAAGCAGAUGGGCGAUGUUCUGGUGGUGGGCAUACAUCCCGAUGAGGAGAUCAUUCGCAACAAGGGUCCGCCCGUGAUGAACCAGGACGAGCGGUUGGCGGUGGUGAAGGCGUGCAAGUGGGUGGACGAGGUGACGCUCGACGCGCCCUACCAGACGACGCUGGCCACGCUGGACAAGUUCAACAUCGAUUUCGCGGUGCACGGGGAGGACAUCUCGGUCAACAGCGACGGCACGGACUCCUACGAGGAGGUGAAGAAGGCCGGGCGCUUCAAAUUGAUUAAGCGCACGACGGGGGUGUCGACGACGGAUCUGGUGGGCCGCAUGCUGCUGCUCACCAAGAACCACUUCAACAGAAGCCCGGCGGAGGCGGCAGAGUCGCUGCCGGACCAGCUGCCGAGGCCCAAGCCGGUGGCGUUUUCGUCGCGCAUCCUCUAUCUGUUCUCCAACGGGAGGUCGCCCAAGGAGGGGGACCGCGUGGGCUACAUCGACGGCGGGUGGGACCUGUUCCACGCCGGCCACGUCGAGGCCCUCAAGCAGGCGCGUGCCAUGUGCGACUACCUCAUGGUGGGCGUGCACAGCGACCAGGACAUCAACCGCAGCCGGGGCUCCAACUACCCGAUCAUGAACCUCAACGAGCGCGCCCUCUGCGUCCUCUCGUGCCGCUACGUCGACGAGGUCAUCAUCGGCGCGCCCUGGGGCAUCUCCGAGGACGACCUCACCAACCUGCGCAUCUCGCUCGUCCUCCACGGCGACGAGCGCGACCAGUACUACCCGCUCCCGUCCGCCGACGACCCCUACGCCGCCGCCAAGAAGCUGGGCAUCUUCCAGGAGAUCAAGUACUCCCAGGGCCUCUCCACCACCUCCAUCGUCGACCGCAUCAUCCACCACCGCCUCACCUACGAAAAGCGCAACAAGGACCGCGAGGCACGCGACCGCCAGAUCGCCGAGCAGCAGGCACAGCCCAAGCCCGCCCCGCAGUGA